GUAAAGCACACGUGCUGAGUUCAGAAUCGGGAGUCUGGAGCCGGAAAAUAAGAACCACGCGCCUAGAACAAGUUAAAAGGCGGCAGAACCGUUUCGGAUCUGCAUAGGCAUUUCUGGGUUUUUGUUAGAGUUCAACAGUUAGAGCUCCGCAGAUGACUCUGCUUGCGAGCGUCAGGCGCCACAGCCUGCGCGUACAGCAGCAGUUGCACCGCUGGAGCAUCUGCGCGACGGAUGGAAGUCACCUCCUGACCGACAGUCUCGCGACGCCCGUCCUGUGCGUGCCUCGGUCGCGGUCCUGCUUACGGACCGCGAGGAGCUGGCGCUCCGACUCUUCGGAUUCCGCCUUUUCGGCUGAGGCGCCGAGUCCCAGCGCGAGCGGUCCGUUCACCGUGGUCCUGCUCGGAGACGUCGGAGUUGGCAAAACUGCGCUCGCGAGUAUUUUCGCUGGGGCGGCAGACAGUAUGGAGAGCGACUCCGACCUGUACGGAUGUGAGAUGUUUGAGCAAAGCAUGCUGGUGGACGGCGAGAGCGCGAGAGUUACAUUACUGGAUAUGUGGGAUUCGCAGGACGGAGCCAGUUGGAGGCAGGGACGCGCUUUGCAAGAUGGUGACGCGUAUAUCGUCGUUUACUCGAUAACGGACAGGACGAGUUUCCUCCGCGCAUCUGAACUUCGCAUCCAGCUGCGUCGUGAACGCCAAGCUCAUCGCACACCUAUCAUCCUCGUGGGCAACAAGUGCGAUUUAGUGCGCCGGAGAGAAGUGUCAGUGAACGAAGGUCGAGCGUGCGCUAUGGUUUUCGAUUGCAAGUUCAUCGAAACGUCAGCGGCCAUGCAGCACAACGUGUGGCCGCUCUUCGAGGGCGUCGUUCGCCAGCUGCGUCUGCGCAGAGACAGUGCCGAAGCCAUCACCCGAUGGCGCUCGACGUGCAAGAGCAGAGAGAGCAUCCCGAAGAAGGCCAAGCGCUUCAUUGAUAAAUUAGUGGCCAAGAAGAACAAGAACGCAGCGCUGAAACUAAAGUCCAAAUCCUGCCAUGACCUCUCGGUGUUGUGACACUUCUUUCGCUCUGCGGUGUGCAUGCAGACCUACUUACUCUGCGGGCGUGUCAGGGAAAGGAAACGUACAGCAGUAAUAGGCGUGGGACGGUUUUUGGGGAGCGUGUUUUCCACAAGGUGCAUUGGGGGAAGGAGACUGCGAUGACCAAUCAGUCCGUGGUAGCACUGGAGUUUCAGUGGUUUCAGGCUUUUAGCACCAUCUGCGAUGGACCGAAAUCCAAAUAGCUACCCACAUACCUGCUGCUCAGUCUCCACCAGGAGGGUCUCUACCACUCAGAAUAAGCCCUUCCAUUCACUAAUGACAUGGAGCAUGGUCAAUUUUAAAAAUCCAAAUUAUACUCCACAAAUAAUAUAUAAUUUGUGUCUUCUGAUAGUAUUGUUGUACCUUAGUGUGUGAAUAUGCUUUCCAUGUUGAUGCUUUUAAG